AUGCAGCUCGUUCCAUCGCUCGUCUGCCUGGCACUAUUGUCUAGCUCAGCACAUGCCUUCUACCCAUAUGAGCCGAAAUGGCUGAAGGAAAGUCUCGAAAGUGAGGCCAAGAGAGCUGCCUCGGUAGACAACUCCGAGGGUCUCGCGUUCGACAUUCGGCAGCGCGGAGGCAGGCCCGUCGCGUCGCAAGAGGCUGCACGUCUCGCCGCCAAAUACGAUACCCAUGGAGCACUGGCUCGCCGCAAAAAUGCCUACGCAGUCACCACUGCCACUAACCCGACGACGAGCGACGCCGCCGGUAUCAACCAGGAUGGAACCGACUACUCGUACUUUAUCCAGGUAGGACUCGGCUCUAAAGGAGCCAAAGUCUACAUGUUGGUCGAUACCGGAGCUGGUUCCAGCUGGGUCAUGGGCUCCGACUGCACCAGCGACGCUUGCGCCAAACACGAUACCUUUGGCUCCAGCCAGUCCGACUCCCUCACCAUCAGUGACAAGGACUUUUCCGUAGCCUAUGGAUCUGGAAAGGUCAAGGGCAAGCUUGCCACCGACACCAUUUCCGUUGCUGGCAUGAGCAUGAAAUACCAAUUCGGUCUUGCCUCCACCACCUCGGAUGACUUCAAAGACUUUGCCUUUGACGGCAUCCUCGGCUUGUCCAUGGGCAGCGGGGCCAGCGCCAACUUUCUCAGCACCCUCGGCUCGUCUGGCGCCGUCAAGAGCACCGUCUUUGGCGUCGCUCUGAGCCGUGCUGCCGACGGCGGUACCUCUGGUGAAAUCAAAUUUGGUGGCACAAACUCGGCCAAGUACACAGGUGACAUUACCUAUACUUCUGUUGCUUCUAAGAGCGGAGACUGGGCCAUCAAUCUCGACGACAUGUCAUUCAACGGCAAAAAAGCUGGUGUUGGCGGCAAGCUUGCGUACAUCGAUACCGGCACGACGUACAUUUUCGGCCCCUCAAGCAUUACCGAUAAGCUCCACGCCGUUAUCGACGGCGCCAGCAAGCAGGGCUCCUACUACAGCGUCCCUUGCGACUCGACUACACCUAUUACCAUCACUUUCUCUGGUGUGGAUUACCACAUUCCUGCCAAGGAUUGGAUCGCCCCCAAAGACAGCAGUGGAAACUGUUUCAGCAACAUCUAUGGCCAGGAGGUUGUAAAGGAUUCUUGGCUCAUGGGAGCCACCUUUCUCAAAAACGUCUAUGCCAUCUUUGACAAAGAUGGCAGCAGAAUUGGAUUCGCGCAGCCUGCCGGCUCAGGCAGCUCGUCUUCUUCCUCUUCUGCAUCUUCCUCUGCCACCCCUUCGAGCUCCUCGGGUUCCUCUCCGUCGACCUUUUCCACCAAAACAUCGUCGACGGAUUCAUCUCCUUCGGCCAGCAAGCCUGCCCUGGGCCUCACUGGCCAGGAGACCAUGACUACCGCAGCUUCUGGCACCGCUACUGCAUCAGGGGCCGAUGCUACCAAGACUGGCGACAAAGGCAAUGGAGCUGCGUCUGGGCUGCACGCUCAAGGCGCCCGCCUCGCUUCCAUUGUUGGUGUCGCCGCUCUGCUAUUAUUGAUAUAG